UCAAUCAGCAGUCAGCACAAAAGUCGUAUUGCCAACCGCGCAUGUGAAUAAUUUGUUUUUUCACUGCAUCUGAUAGAGAGUUCAAGGUCGAGUGUACGAUCAGUCGGAGUUGCUCAUUUCCUAUAAACUUGCUUUUCAUAACGUUGACCUUAAACAGUUGCUAUUUACCCUCUACGAUAUGGUCGUGCGCAUAUCAAAGUUACCGUGUUGCUAGUUUUAAUAAGUUCAACGAUACUCUGUGUUUUCGUGUAUAUUAUUCGUUAAUAUUUAAGUAGUGAAAAUGAGUAACGUAGAAGUGGCUGUGGAUGAUGCGUUUGGAAUCCUUACAGUUUUGCCCAUAGUGGUUGGCGUUAGUGCCGCAGUGGUACUGGUGUCUGUCAUAGCCAACUGCUUCUGGGGCAAGAAAGACAAGAAAGCAGCUCCUAAGAAAAGUUCACAACUAAUAACAUUAGUGGACCCUAAUGUUAAGUAUGCUCUCCCACUCAUAGAGAGAGAAGAGAUCAGUCAUGACACAAGGAGGUUCCGAUUUGGACUGCCUUCAUCGGAGCAUGUUUUGGGCUUGCCCAUCGGCCAGCACAUUCACUUGUCGGCAAAGAUUGAUGAUGAUCUCGUCAUCAGAUCUUACACCCCCGUCUCAAGCGACGAAGAGAAGGGAUAUGUCGAACUUGUUAUUAAGGUAUACUUCAAAAAUGUCCACCCUAAAUUCCCCGACGGUGGCAAGAUGUCUCAACACUUGAACAGCCUGAAAAUAAAUGACACAAUUGAUGUCCGAGGACCCUCAGGCAGACUGCAGUAUGCAGGCAACGGCCUCUUCCUCAUCAAGAAAAUGAGGAAAGACCCACCCGUAGAAUUGCGGGCGAAAAAACUCAACAUGAUCGCAGGUGGUACUGGCAUCGCGCCAAUGCUACAGCUCAUCAGACAUAUAUGCAAAGAUGCGAGUGACCCCACAGAAAUGCGACUGUUGUUUGCCAACCAGACUGAAGAAGACAUCUUGUUGAGAAACGAACUGGAAAAGUACCAAGCUGAACAUCCCGAACAAUUCAAGCUGUGGUAUACUCUUGACAGGCCCAAUGAAGGAUGGAAAUACAGCGUCGGUUUCAUCAACGAUGAAAUGAUCAAGGAGCACUUAUUCGCACCAGGAGACGAUGUUUUAGUGCUAAUGUGUGGACCUCCCCCAAUGAUCAACUUCGCUUGCAACCCCGCCCUUGAGAAACUCGGCUAUCCUGAAUCACAACGUUUCGCAUACUAAAUAGAAAAAUUGUGAAUAGAAUAGUUUUGGUGUGGAAUGUUAACGCCAUGUUAGUAUAUUGUCAUUUCUAUUUCUUAAAUUAGUAGUUUCAGCUUUGUAGUUUGAAUUUAAUUGGAUUUAAAAGUAGUUCAGAAAAGUAGACUGAAUUUUAGUGCCUUAUGUUUUCUCAAGGCUUGCAUUUUUAUCGAGGUUAACUGCCGAUCUUUUUCCAUAUAUUUUUAUUGUAUUUGUUGAACAAGAAUAUGAACUAAUUCGCCAGAUAAGACCUCAUAAUGUGAUCAAAAAUACUUUCGUGAUAUACAUAUCUACUGGAUAUUCUUACCCUAAAAUAUUAAUCCGACAGAAAUGUUCUGCGAACAUUAUAUUAUAUAUUUAUUUAUAAAUAAUAUAUUUUUUACAACUUGUUAUACAUUCUAUGUGAGAAUUAUGUAUCUAGUGCUUGGUUGUUGAUGUAAUUAUUUACAAGUACAUUUUAACGACUGUAGUAAGUCAUUAAAUAUUGUUACUUUAUAA